CCGCAGGGAACUUUUUACCCACCCUCUCCUCCUCCCAUGGCGGCGCCGGAGCUGCGGCUGGACGGUUCGAUUCGCUCCUGGGUUUUACUGCCCGUGGCCUGGAUCGCGCUUGCCGUCGGGAUUCUGCGGCUGCGCGUGGCGGGGCUGUUGCGCAGUGAGCGCGAGCAGGGCUGGCCCGAGCAACGGCAGGACACGCAGAUUCUGGGUCGUAGCCGCCUCCUGAGAGAAAAUGGACGGUUCCUUACUCAUCAGGGCUUCCUCAUGCGUAAGCAUCACUUCAAUGAUCCCGAAAGCGGCUUCUUCCGCAAAACCAAACGUAAGGUGCAGCCCCGGAACCCACUGACAGACCCCAUCAUAGUUAUGGAGAUGAUGAAGGGCAACAUCGUUAAUGUGCUGCCCAUGAUCCUCGUCGGAGGCUGGAUCAAUUGGGCCUUCUCCGGCUUUGUGGCCACCCAGGUUCCCUUCCCCCUGACCCUGCGGUUCAAGCCCAUGCUGCAGCGUGGAAUCAAUCUGCCUUCCCUGGACCCCUCUUGGGUGAGUUCAGCCUCCUGGUAUUUCCUCAACGUUUUUGGCCUGCGCCGAGUAUACAGCCUUGUCCUUGGGGAGGAGACUGCUGCAGAGCAGCACCAGCUCCUGUUGCAGGAUCAGUUCCUGGGCCCCUCAGUGCCUACUCCGCCUGAUCCCAACAAGGCCUUCAAGGCAGAAUGGGAAGCUUUAGAGCUGGUUUCUCACCGCUGGGCUCUGCAGGAUGUAGAAGAACAGCUGAUGUCACAAGACCUCGAGUUGGCAGGGAUGUUUGGGCCUGACUGAUCCCACCCAUGAGAGCUGUGGGCCGCAAUCCGACGGGGCACCUGUGGGUCGAGGAUGCCCUGCCCCCGCUCUGGGAGGCAGCAGAGGUCCCUCCUCAUCGUGCAUGGUGUGUUUAAAGUGUGUGGAAUGGCUUUUUGACUUUAGAGGGGGAAAGUUGCAGCAGAGAGAAGACAACAGACCAACGCUUGGUCAGGCAUGGCAGGAGCACUGGCUGUCCGUGCCCCCAAGCAAUUGGGGAUACUUGGAACAAGCAAGCUGAUGGCAAAAAAAAUCCCUACAUUUCUUGUUCCACUUGGAGAGUGAGUGAGAGAAAGGUGGUAAAUGCCUCAGACCGUUGCACUGUAGAGCUACAGAACAAUCUGGCUAUUAAAGCAAGGCCGCUACAACGAU